UCUGACAAGGACGUCAGCUCGCCGAGUUGGGUAGUGUCAACUUGUGACUCAAGCGAGGGCAUUAUGGUGGUGGAAUAAUACUGUGGAUUCUCUGGGUUGGGCUAUGAUGGCAAAAUGUUGGCCUGCCCACUCCAAGUUGGGAGCUGACCCAUGGGGCCUGGGCGAAGGCCUGGGUCUCUAGAGUCCUAAAGUGGAGGACACAGCGUCAGGCUGGUUUCACAGAGCAGCGAAAACCUCUCUCUCCUAACAGUGGAGGGAUAACAGGCUGCUGCAAUUAUGGUCUGUGUUGUGUAUGCCCAGGGAGCCUGGAUUAGACCACCACCUUUUUUUUACAUCUAUGAACCUUAUAGGUUUAUGUGUUGUAUCUUCUGCUAUAUGGUUUGUACAUUUCAUUCAUUCUUUCAUUCUUUGUUUUUUUUAGAAACUCCCAUCUCGGGGGGCUUUUGCAUUGGUUCCUAGUCUGUCCUACAACAUAUACUAAUCUAGCUUUUGUGUUUGGUGAAGUGAGUGUACGAUCUGUUGUAUUAAUGUUGGACUUUUGGGGAGAUGAAACAGAUACUUAAUUGCCAGUUCAACAAAUUGUGUUAGUUUCUUUUGUUUUUUGCUAAGCUUGUAUCCUUUUUGCAGAGCAAAGUUUGUAGCCUAUUCUACAUAUACCAUGGGAAGCAUAGGAGUAAUUGGAGACAAGUGGGGGACAUGACAAUUCUUUGGGCUUCUGCUAUUGGAAGUGCUCCAGGAAGUAUUUUCAACCCUUGGGCUUGUGCUAUUUCUCAUUAAAACUUUGUUCAAUUACAAUCUUCUUUUCAUAACUACAAUUGUCUGGGCCUGUAUACGGAGAACAGAGGAUGCUGGCUGAAGAGCUAACUAAGGGCAACACAGAUUUUCUGAAAGGUGUUUCUCCUUAUGAUUUCCUAAAAGACUUUUUCCUAGUCAACUUUCUGUUCCACUGUUGACAUUUCUGUUGUGGGAACUUAUAAGAAAACACGCAAAGAACUUUCAAAAUCCAUUUGUUGUGUCGGCUGAAGUUUGGGAGAAAUGAUGGAGGAUUCCACAAGUGGUGGCCAUCACAACGAAAGAAAAAGAAGCAGUGACAGCAAUGCUUUCGCCAAGUUUCUUCCUUUUUCUCCACCAUUGGAAGACGAUCCUGAAUCACACGAAGCUAAAUUUGGUGGUCUCCAGGACCAUGGCCACAAGAGAUUCAAACCAAAUUCUCAAGCUCCUUUCUUGAAAACCACUACCACCGAUUUAACACCUUCUUCUCAUCUUCCCAAACAAAACAUUGACACAAAGGAAACAUUGGACUUCUCCUCUCCAUCAACUUCCAUUAGGCAUUCAACUAGUGGUGGACCAUCACCACAAUCAAUUGGUAGCAAGUCAUCACUCACUGAGUACGUGGAGAAUGAUGGCAAAAUUUGCAGAACAGUCUCACAUAGUUGCAACUGGAAAGAAGACAAGAAUCAGAGUGAGCUAGAAUUAGUGAUGUCUAUGGCAGCUGAGGAACUGUCAGGGAGGCCUAGAACCGGGGGCAUAUACAAAGCAAUUGCGAGUCAACGCGAGUGCACUGUGAAACGUUUGAAAGAUUUGUCAAACAAAGAGCCUACAAUAGAUGUUGGACUUGAGAUGGGUGAUGGAGCACAUCUUUUGAAGCUCAUGAGCUUCUCUAGCAGUGAGAUCGAGAUGGCAGGGCAAAAGGGUCGCAAAGGAGCUAUGUUGUUGAUUCAAGCAGAGAUCCUUCGUAAGAAGGGACAGGAACUCAUUGCUGAAUGCCAGAACUUGCUCCAAGAUGCAUUGUAACUUUAGGAAUUUGGAGGCUAUUAAGGUUCUAUGUGUGGCUGUGGGGAAGAUUAAAAGUUCAGAUCUUUCAAACUUUUUCUUCUAUAUGUCUACCGGAUAUUGAAGACUUUGUCACUGGCAUGUUUAUUGACAUACUUAAAAAUUAUAAAAAACACAAUGUUACAGUAAUAUGCGAUCAAUUUGAGCAAACUUUAAAGGGUUUAAAAUAUACUGAGGAAAAGGGUGUAUAGGUACUUGAAUUUGCUCCAAUAAUUGAAACUCAACUCAGUACCACGUCACAAGAAAUAGCAACAGUGAGUGUGAAAGCUGAUAUGAAAAAUUGCUCAGUCUGCUACAUUACUGUACUAGUUAAUGUGGCCAACAAAGUAUUGUCGUUGAUACUUUUGAUGACACUAUCUUUAGCUUAUCUUUAUGCAUGUGCUACCCAACUGCUACUGACUAACGCUGUUUGCAAGAAAUCUAGAUCAGUAAUUGCAUAUUUAUUGUCUACUAAAACAAUUUCUUAGCUGAUAUUGUGAACACUAUUUCAUUUGUUUUUUCCUGCCAAUUUUCUUCUCUAGUCUUAACCAGGGUUGGCAUAGCAGAUGUUCCUCACGUGGUUGAAGAUUAAUGUGGUUCACGGUCUCUUUGGAGUACCCAUAGGGAUUGGAGAUUGUGCACGACGAAUAAGUCUAAGAAUGUGAAAAUAUUAAACCGACUUUAACAAAAUCACGUUAUAAAAAUGG